AUUUACAUCUAUAGGAAAUCUGUAAGAAAUAUUUGAAAGUACAAAAUUGCGCAGAAUGCACAUAGUAUGAACGUUUCCAACGAGGUUCUACUUUUAUAAUUAUAUUCUCAAAAAUACGAAUUUGCAUAAAAAUCCGCUGUAUAAUUAUGAUACUUAAUUUAUAUAGGAUAUUCCUAUAGAAUGUACAUAAAUGUAAGCAAUUUUUGAAGAACUAUAUGCGUAAUAAAUUAAUAUAUAUUUAUAUAAAUGUUGUAUUUAUCGCUUUAGAACCGUUAUUAUUUGAAUAUUAUCGACAGAUCGAUAUAUAACAUAUGGGAUAUAAACUUUGUAUACAUAUACAACAGCGUUUACUAAAUAAUAAAUAAAUUGAGUCUUUUAUAGAGAAGCUUUUAUAAUAAUUAUUUCAGAUUUUUAAUGUAAUAUGGACCCAGAAUAUUAUUCUACUUUGUACAAAUGGUUUGAAAAAUGUGGGAUAAUAUCAAACAUAAGAACGCAUCUUCGUCAAAAUUUAAUAAAUGCAUUAAAAAACAAAGAUGUUGUUUUAAAAAAUGAUGAGCCCAAAUCUGCGAAACAGUACGUUUAUGAUUUACUAGUAGCAGAAUAUUUAUUUAAUCACAAUUACGCAUACACACUAUCUGUAUUUGCUAGUGAAGCACCUCUGUUAAUUAACUUUUCUACUAAGACAGUUCAAAAAACCGAUGGCAGCAAGGAGGAGAGUAAUGAAAAAUUGCAAAGUGAUUAUAUAUUACAUGUUUUGGAAACAUUAGGUAUCAAUCCGCAUGAUCCUAAAGGACAGUAUGUUAUAUCGCAGUACAUAGAAAAUGAUAUGCCUUUGCUUUUAUGCAUAUUAAAGUGUAUAACUAUGUUUUCCUAUAACAUACACAAUGAUGUGCCUAUAAGAGAAAAUAUAUCUCUUUGCAAUGAGUCCACGCAAACUGAAUUUUCUUGGCAAGCUCACAGUUUAUAUGUAGAAAAAUUAGUUGCAUUGAAAAGGAAAAUAUCCAUGCACAAACAAAUAGUCGACAAUAAGCUGCGCAAGAGAGAAAUGAUGUUAAAAGAACAGGCAAUGUUCAUUGAGCAACAACUUGCAACAUUAAAUAUAAAAUUGCAUCAAGUUCAGAAUAUUAUGCAUAAUAUGAGUUUGAAAGAAAAACAACUAAAAGAAAGAAGGCAAAAUAAUGAACGACAAGUUUUGCAAAAAGAAAUGGAAUUAACAUCAAAGGAAAGAUUGUUGUUACAAGAAGCAGAUAGAUUGCAAAGGGAGCAAGAUGACCAUAAAAAAUUAGAAGAACAAUUAAAAAAAACAUGUGAUCAGAAAGGUGUACAAACUGAAGAUCUGGUAGAAUCAUCUAAUCAUUAUUUACGAAACAUUGAAAUACAAACAGAUAUUGUAAACGAUAUAAAACAAGAGGAUAAAAUUGAGGUUCUUACUAGAGAAAAGGAAGAAUUAAAUGCUCUUAUCCAAGAUCAACAAUUAAGAAUAGAACAGAUAACACAACGGGCUCUUCAGUUGUCUCAACAAGUAGAAGGAAUACGUUCAUUAAGACCCAUUAACAUAGAAGUUCCAACUCAAACUGUUAAUACAAAUACAGUUAUUAGCGAAAGUAGUUCAACGGAAGAUAUUCUCCAGGAUGCGAAGAUGAGACUUAAACGUCUAGAGGAAGAAAGUUUGAAAGCGGAUCAGUAUUAUUAUAAUUUCAUCAACAACUCUCCAUGAUAUUAUAGUUACAGUAAUCUAAUAGAAGUAAAAUGAAAAAAACCGAAAAAAAGAUAUAUGAAUGUAAUUUGUAUAAUAAAAUAUUUAUGCUGAUUUUUUUUAUACAGAAAGAAACGUAAUAUUUCUUCUCGAUUAUUAAGGAAGAAUCGGGAACAAUAAUGAAUGAAACAAGUGCCGCAUCAAUGAAUUUUUAUUGCGGUGAUCGAUAAGUCCUAUUAUAAAUUAUAUAAAAUUCGAAUCGUAUGUACAAAUUUAAGACUGAAUAGAACAUGUACCAAAGUGCUUUUGUUACCUACUUUAUUUUAUAAAAUUGGACGUUAAUAUAAUAUACAAUUUAUUCGCUA